GGAGCUGCUCCGGGGCUAAGUGCUGGAGUUUCCUGGCUUACAGGGCUCCCUGCCUCCCUGAGCAGCCCCCUCAUUAAACCACCCUUUUUAACAAUCUCCUUCAGCCUCUCUGCCCUGAGACCUUCAUUCUCCAGGGGGCUGCUAUCAGCCUCUGAUUCGGGAACAGCUGCCUCUGAUUCUCCCCCAACAGCUUCUGAGUGCUUCCUCAGCAUGAACUGCAUCUCAGACUUCUUCACCUAUGAGACCACCAAGUCAGUGGUGGUCAAGAGCUGGACCAUUGGGAUCAUCAAUCGAGCCGUGCAGCUUCUCAUCAUCUCUUACUUUGUGGGGUGGGUGUUCUUACAUGAAAAGGCAUAUCAGGUACGGGAUACAGCCAUCGAGUCUUCAGUGGUGACCAAGGUGAAGGGCUUUGGACGUUACGCCAACCGAGUCAUGGAUGUAUCUGACUAUGUGACCCCACCCCAGGGGACCUCUGUCUUUGUGAUCAUCACCAAACUGAUCAUCACUGAAAACCAGAGGCAAGGAUUCUGCCCAGAGAGUGAAGAGAAACACGCUUGUACCACGGACCGGGACUGCCGGGCUGAGAGCUUCACCGGGGGAGGUAUUCUCACUGGCCGCUGCGUGAACUAUAGCUCGAAGCUGAAAACCUGUGAGAUCCAAGGCUGGUGCCCUGUGGAGGUUGACACAGUGAAGAUGCCUGUCAUGAUGGAAGCUGAGAAUUUCACCAUCUUCAUCAAGAAUAGCAUCCGUUUCCCUCUCUUCGACUUUGAGAAGGGAAACUUGUUACCCAACCUCACCUCUGCAGACAUAAAGAAAUGCCAUUUUCAUCCCGAAACUGCCCCCUUCUGUCCCAUCCUCCGGGUGGGCGACGUGGUCAAGUUUGCAGGACAAGAUUUUACCAAGCUCGCCAAUACAGGAGGAGUCCUGGGCAUUAAGAUCGGCUGGGUCUGUGACCUGGACAGGUCCUCAGAUCAAUGCAUCCCCAAAUACUCCUUCACUCGGCUGGAUGGAAUCUCUGAGAAGAGCAGUGUCUCUCCUGGAUACAACUUCAGGUUUGCCAAGUAUUUUAAAAUGGAGAAUGGAAGUGAGUAUCGGACACUCCUGAAGGCAUUUGGCAUCCGUUUUGAUGUACUGGUAUAUGGAAAUGCUGGCAAGUUCAACAUCAUACCCACCAUCAUCAGCUCUGUGGCAGCCUUUACCUCAGUGGGAGUGGGCACAGUCCUCUGCGACAUCAUCCUCCUUAACUUCCUGAAGGGCGCAGACCAGUACAAAGCCAAGAAGUUCGAAGAGGUGAAUGAGACCACCCUGCGAUCGGCGACUUCUACCAACCCCAUGUACCCCAGUGAUCAGACCCUGGAGGGCAGAGAGGAAAAGCAAUCCACAGACUCCGGAGCCUUCUCCAUUGGUCACUAGGAGCCUCCAGUUAAUCAUUAAUCUUAUCCCCUAAAUCUGUACCUCAGAACAGUGGAUGUUCCACUGGGGAGGAUGGGGAAAGGGGAACGGCAAGGACCCAGACCUGGUUCCCAGACCUCCCGGCGUGCCAAUAGGCAAUGCUUCCUCCUGCGGCUGCGUGCGUUCUCCCGGAGAGUUUGUCACUCCCCUCGCCAAGGCUUCUCCAUCCUCCUCCUCCUCCCAUGUCAGAGGCUGAAGUCUUCAUCCCACUGCCCAAGAACUCUCUUGAUCCUCCUAUUGCAUAUUCGCUUGUGUAGAAUUCUCUCUUUGAUGUGACUGGGAUGUUGUUUUCUGGGUAUCCACACUAAAUGUCAUGAGUUCAUCGUGGAAAGGAAUAGAUAAUGAAAAAAGAAGAAAAACCGGUGCUCAAGGUGGACCCCUAGAACAACAAGGAGUUUGUCGAUGUUUUCCCACCUUCUACUUUAGGUCAUUCCCUUAUUUAGGGAGCUUUAGUUCCUCCUUUUUGCCUCCAGGAUAACAUGCAAAUUCCUUCCCAGCUUUAUUUCAGAUUAUUCCCUUUUACAUCUAUCACAAGUAUGGAUGGAUGAGGCUCUUGCCUCAACUUGUCUCCCACUUCUGGUCCUUCUAGGGCUCCAUGUAGAACACACUCCCUGAGCAUCUCACUAUUUUUGCUCUUCCUUCAAUGCUCAUCUUACGGGACACCUCACCAGGAAGCCUCCCUUGAUUCCCCUUUCCCCAGCACCGGUACUUUCUCUCCCCUCAUAUUAUCUUGUAUUUACUUAACCACAUGCAUGUUGCAUCCCUCGGUAGAACGUGAGCUUCUCGAGGGCAAGGACUACAUCAUCUUUGCCUUCAUAUAGCCACUUUAUAGCACAGUGACUCGCACAUUAGAGCGACUCAAUAAAUGUUUGUUGCAUUGAAUUA